AUCAACUAAGUAGGUAGGGAAGCGUGUACGUUUCGGAGCUUUUAUGGUUCAGUUACAAAGUGAUAUUCUGAGUAGCAACUGGGUUUAGUAAACUUUUGAAUAAGUAUGGCUGCUAGACGCACAUUCACUGUUAAAGAAAAGGCGGAAAUCAUUUCAAAAUUGAAAAACGGUGAAAACAAUGCUGAUUUGUGCAAAGAGUACAAAGUUUCCCAUUCAACAGUAUCUACGAUGUGGAAAAACCGUGAUAAAAUAUUAGAAUGCUUUGAAUCCAAAUCCUUAAAAAUUAAGAAAAACCGCAAACCGACGCAUCAAGAUAUCGAAAAUGCCCUUCUAAUGUGGUUCAAAGCCCAAAGAAGCCAAAACGUACCUUUGAGCGGUCGUCUGCUGCAAGAAAAGGCUAAUCAAUUUGGCAGACUGUUUGGAAAAAUGGAUUUUGAGUGUUCGGAAAGCUGGAUAUACCGAUUUCGUCAACGACACGAUAUUGUAGUAGGCAAAGUUUGUGGAGAAGCCGCUAGUGUAUCGCAAAGUGACUGUGACAACUGGCUAAAAACAGUUUUCCCAAAAUUGACUGAAGGUUAUACUGAUAGCCAAAUAUGGAACGCUGACGAGACAGGUUUGUUUUUUAAGUUAACUCCUGACAAAACCUUGAAAUUUAAAGGGGAAAAGUGCGUUGGUGGAAAAUUAUCAAAAGAUAGGAUCACCGUGCUUGUUGCAUCAAGUAUGGCAGGGGAAAAAAGAAAAUUAUUGGUCAUAGGCAAGGCAAAAAACCCCAGAUGUUUCAAAAAUGUUAAUCUGCCAGUUGAUUACGAAGCAAACAAAAAGGCCUGGAUGACUUCAGAGAUUUUCGAAAAAGUUCUACGCAAAUGGGACUCCCAGUUAAGAAAUAACAAAAAGAAGAUCAUUUUAUUUAUUGACAAUUGCCCAGCUCAUCCUAAAAUAGAGAAUUUGACCAACAUAAAACUGGCAUUUUUACCACCAAACACUACAUCAGUGAUUCAACCGAUUGAUCAAGGGAUAAUUAAAACCCUCAAAAGUCAUUAUAGGAAGAUUUUAGUACAGAAAAUGAUGAACGACAUUGAAAACUCGGCAGGCCCGUUUUCCGUUAAUAUUUUAGAUGCCAUUGAAAUGGUAACUACGGCAUGGGCUCGGGUGACUCCGGAUACGAUCAAAAAGUGUUUUCUACACGCUGGGUUCCGUAAAUCUUCGGCUAUCACAACAAUUGACGACGACUCCGAUGAUGAAUUGGACAUACCAUUGGCACAACUGACAGUAUCAUCAAGCGGAACAAAUGUUGCGGACUGGGCAACCUAUGUUGAUAUUGACAGUCAACUUAUCACUACUAGCGAUUUGUCCGAUAGUGAAAUUGUUGAAAUUGUUGUUCCAUCACAUACGACGCAAGAUGAGGAAAAUGAGGAGGAAGAAGAAGAUUGCAAGGAAGGUGAGAUUCCUACAACUAAGGAUGUGUUAGGUGUUGUAACAAAGCUUAAAAGAUACUGUUUAUUUGGUGAUGGAAAGGAUAUUAUAGAUAUUGAAGAAGUAAUGAAAAUAGAAUACACCCUACAGCGUACACUAGCACAAAAAAAUAAAUUGAAGCAAACUAAUAUUACACAUUUUUUUAAAUGUACCGGUGAAUAACUAUGUGUGCAAAUAUUUUCAAUAAUAAAUGAAUAUAAACUACA